AAAUUAUUACCCACUAUCAUGAGAACCAAGCCGCCAGUCCUUCGUUGUGUUGUUGUCCCUGUUUGGUUAUUUACCUCCGUUUAGCGAGAGUCAUGGAUGUGUUUUUGAUGGUUCGGAGAAAGAAGACUACAAUCUUCACAGAUGCAAAGGAAACAACAACAGUAAGAGAACUAAAAAAAAUCAUACAAGGAAUAAUGAAAGUAGAACCAGAAAAUCAGCAGCUCAUGAAUGAACGUGGAACAGAAAUAUUUGACGACGACAAACAAUUGAGCGACUACAAUUUAUCAGCCCAGACAGCUCGAGCCCAGAGUCCUGCUACAGUUGCCUUGGUGUUCAGGCAAGAAAAUGGAGAAUUUGAGAGUCUUGACAUUACUCCUCUGUCCUCUCCUCCUGAGCUGCCAGAGGUCAUGAAGCCUCAGGAAACCCAGGCCCAUGAAGUGAACUGAGCCCUCUGCUCCUCUUCCUAAUGCUUACCUUGCUGGCAUACUACAAAGACAAUUGCAGAUGUGGAUAGCACACAUUAAAUCUCCAAGUAUAUGUUUUCAUUGAGAUUAUUGUUUCUGGUGUUGAGUUCAUGGUAUGUGUAUCUUCUUUGCCUACCUCAUAGUUACAUUGACACCAGUGAAGGGAACAUACACUAUAUAGCUAUUAAUGGCCUCAAAUGUUAUUAUGAAAUAUGUCUAAAUUUUGAAGUGUAAUCAUGACUGAAAGAUAGGCAACCUUUGUUUUGUAGUAAGAUGUAGAAGUGCUGAUACCAAAUAUAUGUUUUACGUCACGAAUGCAAUCAUUUAGAUUAUUUAUAUAAGUACAAUACUUGCAGUCAAAAUUGUUGAGUAUACCAUUUUUGUAAAGCUUACCAUCAUACCUUUACAGAAUGCAAGAUGUACUUUUACCAUAUCAGUCUUUCCCAGUUGUUUUCAUACUUUAUAUUCCUAAUUUUCCUGUUAUUCCUUAGCUUUUUUUUUUUUUUUUUUUUAAGCUAUGCCAUCUUUUGUUUUCCUUUAUGAUGUUUCAAAACCAUCAUAUUUGUAUCUUUGUAGUAAGUAUUUAUGAAUUAUCUAAUAAAAGCUACUGGAGAUGUAUGCUAGACAUUGCAUAAAUAUCUGUGCAUCUGAUUGGAAGCAUUAUUAUGGAGAAACAAUAGGAAUGGUGUUUGUGAGGAUAUAUUUAGAAUUAAGUAAAUUUGGGGAAUGUUUCAAAUGUUAAUCUCAGUAAUAGGUCAUUUGCAUUGAAUGAAUGAAUGUUUUUGUUCUAAAGUCUACAGAUUUUUGAGGCUUUAAAUAGUGAAGACCAUUAUAUGGAAAUGUUCUGAUAGUUUUGGAUGUGAGAUUAAGAUCAAAGAUUGCUGCCUAUGUAGACCAGAGUGACAAGAUGAAAUAUUACAACUUACUUGAAACAAUUGUUUUAAUGUCAGAAAUCUAUCAUCAAGUAACUAGGUCAGGGUAAGAAUAGAAAACAGAAAAAAAUGGUACCUUGGUUUUAAAUCUUGUCAUUAUUUUGUUAAAUGCUUUCAAAAUAAUUGGUUAAGCAACACUAUAAAUAGAGUUUGGCUCCUUGCUGACUAGUAGCUAUGAUAGUCCCUUGUUUGAUCAGACUACUUUGUCAUAGUUUUACAGCACAUUUCUCUAGUAUGUGAUGUCAUGUCUAGAAAGGAAUCUUACUUGUGUGUCUGUGGUUAUUUAUUGUUAGGUGCAUUUUACAAGUUUCUUUGUAUACAAAGAAAAUGUUGAAUACCAGGAUUAACUAGUUUUAUGGAUUACUAUUGCCAGUGAUAUAUUGUCUAAUGGCUUCUUUCCAAAUUAGCUAAAGUAAUGGUAAUAAUAACAGUUUCAAGUUUGAGUUAGGUGUUCAUUCCUUUCUUUCCUCCCUGCCUCCACCUAUCAGACUUGAUUUUGUUUGUCACACAGGCUGCCUGUGCUUUCCUCCUCUUUUUCAAGCUGAAAUCCCUACUGCUCUCCUAUUGCCUUGUUCUCAAAAAUACUUCUCCCCUAAACAUUUCCACUUUUUUCCCCCUCAUCUCAACUCAUUUUUACCCACUGUACUGUUUCAACUCUCAGUUUGCCCGUCUUCUCUUUUGCCCUGAAUCUCUCUCUCUCUCUCUCUCUCUCUCUCUCUCUCUCUCUCUCUCUCUCUCUCUCUCUCUCUCUCUCUCUCUCUCUCUCUCACCCUGCAUAAAUGGUCUAAAGUUUCUGCAUCAUAUAAGUUUUGCUGUGCUGUUCCUCAUCUUUUGUUAAAGGAACCUCCUUCAUUUCAUGUAACCUAACAUCAAAACUAUUAUAUAUUCAAUCCUAGACUUGAACAUGAUAUUGUGACUUCCUACCAUUAGAUUCAUGUUGUCUUUUCACUCAUCUUCAGAAAAGGCUACUUUUUCUCAAUGUGGAGAAUAUUCCCUGAGUUCUCUGCAGUCUAAGCAUCAAUAGAAAUGAGACUUUGCACUUACUAUGCCUCAUCUAUUUGCUUCAGCUUCCCAGUGUAUUUCUGUCUCAGUGCUUCCCCAUUCUCCUUUGUCUAUUCCAUUAAGGUGGCAGUCACUUGGAAUGUGGAAAUCAGUGAUAAGCUCCACUCCAUCAGACCUUCAAUGUUAUUAUAGUACAAUUCAGUCUAACUGUAGGUGAGGAGCAGCUUUAUUCAGGACACAUGCACCUAUCUUAGACUCACAUGAUUGUCAGCUUUCCCUCCCUACCCUGUUGCUGGUAUUAAUCAAUCUCAUUGCUAUUUCUUGAUUGUCCUGCAACUCUUGAGACUAUUUCAACCCUCCCAUUCACUCCAAAUCUCUCGCAACUCCCCAUAUGUAGACAACUUUCUUGAUGGCUCUUACACCUCCACAUCAGAUCCCAUGAUCCUUUAUCCAGGCUUCAAAUUUUUUAUCAAAUGUAUUUCCACCCGUAACAGCCCUAGUGCCACAUAGUCAGUUGCUGGCUUGGUGCUUCGAACCCCAUACUGUUUAAUUCAAAUAAUUAUGUAGCUAUGCUGUAUUUUAUUACUUUUCAUUAUUUAUUUAUGCCUGAAUCAUACAAGCCCACUUGUGUAUAGUGCAAAUUUUACCUGCAUAUUAGUUGUUUUUUCCACAAAGACUUAUGCUCAACUAACCAUGCCUUUAGAAAAUUAUACUAGGAUUACUAUGUAGCCAAAAUUGGUUGGUUGAGUGUUGCUUUUUUUAAAAACUAGCUUUUAAUCUUCCCAUGAUAGUUGUGUGGAAUGAAACGUGAUUAUUAAUGAUGUAUAUUUAUCUGGUACAAAAUUAAAAUACUUCAGUUUAUUAAAUGUCAAAUAGUAAAUAGAAAACAAUCAAAUGUUAAUGUUUGGUCAGCCAUUGCAUCAAUGACUGAGAUUUUUUUCCAGCUUAAGUCUAAAAAUUGAGAUACUGAAGUAUUUUACUCUAUAAAUUCCAGGAUGACCAGAAAUUAAAUGAACUUUGAAUCCAAGAGUAUAUAUAAAAAGAAAAAAAAAACUAGCUUGCAUACAAUUGAAUGACCCAGAAGUUUUGUACAGAUCAAAAACAGAAUUACUUCCAGGUACUCAUCAGUCAUCAAAACCUUGGAAUAGACUGCCUUACCUUCGGGUCACACUUUGUGUUGUAUUGUGUAGAUCUGUUAACUCUGUUGUGAUGGAUGGUGUAGACUAGUAUACAUACUAUAGAAAUCUUUGUGAAAUGUUACUGUGGUAUAUUUUUUCAUGUAUCCUUCAGUCCAUUUGUUCUCAGACUAUCACAUCAGUUUCAUUAGACAAGGGUGCACUUUCUAAUUUAAAGAACAUUAAACCUGUAUAAAAUAUAAUUUGCACUUUAAUCCAACUUUGUAAAUUUUGUUACGUUUAUGAGUAAAUGUUUGAAAACUUAA